GGCCAAGCGCUUCCGGCUCCUGCUGGUACCGGAGGAGGAAGAAAAUAAAGCCGGAGAGGGGGCCCCGGCCGCUCCCUGCCCGGCUUCUUCCUUCCCCCUCUCCCUCCCUCCCUCCCUCCCUCCCUCCCUUCGCCCCAUCCUCCCUCAGCACGACGCCUUCGGGGCCGAAGCGGCGCCGCCGGCAGGAGCAGUCAUCAGGGAGUGCUGUAGUUAACCUAUAAUGUACAGAUAAACUUUUUACAAAAGUCACCUUUACAACAUGAAGAAGGGGAAACUGUCAAUUAAAGUUGGUCAGAGUGAUCUGGCAGAGCUGUGUUGGAAGUGUUGAUACUGCUUGCAGGAAGAGAACACUGUUCAAAAAAUGGGGUAUGUCAGAACACAGCAACGAAUCCACAACACUUGAUGAGUCUCAUCCAGCUGCAGAAGAGGAAGGUGCAAUGGCUCAAGAGUCGCCCAAAAAUUCAGCAGCAGAAAUUCCUGUGACUAGUAAUGGACAGCUGGAAGAUUCUCUGGAGCACAGCUUUAACAGGGACUUAAACCGUUCAUUACCAGUUGGACUUGGACUUUCUGAAACCAAAAUAACAUCUCAUGGCUUUGACAACACCAAAGAGGGAGUGGUUGAGGCAGGACCAUUUACAGGUUCCUCAGCAUCACCCAAAUCAUCUGUUAUAUCUCCUAGCAGUGCAGCAGCUAGCAGACUGGCUGGACAAGGUUGUGAUUUAAUUAUUCCCACAGGAAGCAGAGCUCAGCAGAAGAGUGGACCCGUUGUAUUAGCAGAUGAAGUAAAGAAUCCAGCAAUGGAGAAAUUGGAAUUGGUGAGAAAGUGGAGCCUGAACACUUACAAGUGUACACGACAGAUCAUCUCUGAAAAACUGGGUCGUGGCUCAAGAACAGUAGAUCUGGAACUCGAAGCUCAGAUAGAUAUAUUGAGAGAUAACAAAAAAAAAUAUGAAAACAUCUUGAGACUGGCACAGACGCUGUCCACACAACUCUUCCAGAUGGUACAUACCCAAAGGCAACUUGGAGAUGCAUUUGCUGACCUGAGUUUGAAAUCAUUGGAACUUCAUGAGGAGUUUGGCUACAAUGCAGAUACGCAGAAACUUCUAGCUAAAAAUGGAGAAACUCUUCUCGGGGCUAUUAACUUUUUUAUUGCCAGUGUGAAUACACUGGUGAAUAAAACAAUUGAGGAUACACUAUUGACUGUGAAACAGUAUGAAAGUGCCAGGAUUGAAUAUGAUGCCUAUAGAACAGACCUGGAAGAGCUGAAUCUUGGCCCUCGUGAUGCAAACACCCUGCCAAAGAUUGAGCAAUCACAGCAACUGUUUCAAAUACAUAAAGAGAAAUACGACAAAAUGCGUAAUGAUGUAUCCAUCAAAUUGAAGUUCUUGGAAGAAAAUAAGGUUAAGGUAUUGCACAAUCAGCUGGUUCUGUUCCACAAUGCCAUCGCUGCAUACUUUGCUGGGAAUCAAAAGCAGCUUGAACAGACACUUAAACAGUUCCACAUCAAAUUGAAAACUCCUGGAGCAGAUGCCCCAUCCUGGCUUGAAGAACAAUAAUUGGAUCAAGAGAAGAGGAUGCAAUGUUAACCUAAAAUCUUUAAAUCUGAUAGUAAUCAAGGGUUGGUGUUGAAGGACUGUUGAAGUGAUUCUUGCACAGACAGCUUUAAUUUUUUCCCCUUUUAUAAUACUGUAAAUCUGAAUUUGGUAGGAAUGUGGGUGACUUUAAGUUAACCAAACAUAAUUUCUGUCAUUUCAAAUAAUGAGAACUCCUUUUGUAUGCAGAGGUUGGUGGUUAUUUCUGUAACUGGGAGGGAGGGAUGAAGGGGGGGAAA